GUACUUAUACUUGUUUUAUGAUAUAUUGUGGCGCAUUCUACGAUGUUAUCAGCGCCGAACCUAAUAUAAGUCAGAUAAUCUCUUGUUUGAGAUCAACUUCAAAAGUGUCACAACUAAUCGAUCGAUAACGCUGAUCGUUUUAUUACGCUUUCGGCAGAUAGAUUUAUUGGCUGAUUUAGUCUGGCUUUCGCUUGCCAGUCGUCCAUACGCGCGUCUGGGACGUUCCACAAGUUGCAAUUUCAACGAGACGUUUUUCUUAUUAUUCCCCCCCCCCUCCCCCAUGGCGAAAAUGGAAGGAAACAACGAUUCUAGCGAUAGUGACGAGGCAAGCCAAACUGCGGGAAAACCAAAUUUCGUGACCGUUAUCCGGUUGAAAAAGGGGCAAGAUGAUAAGCCACCGGCGUCCUGGUGGCAAAAGAAGAAAGAGCGCAUUUUUCGCAAGAAAACGCUGUACAUGCGCGUCCCAAUCCUGACGUGGCUACCGAAAUAUUCCCUGCAGGAUUUCGUGGCCGAUCUAGUGGCCGGCAUCACUGUCGGUGUCACAGUGAUUCCCCAAGCACUAGCUUACGCAACCGUGGCCGGACUUCCUCCUCAGUAUGGUCUGUACGGGUCAUACAUGGGCUGCUUUGUUUAUCUUCUAUUGGGAAGUACGCCCGUCGUCACUAUCGGCCCGACGGCUCUCAUGUCUCUCGUCACAUACGAUUCCGGGGCGGCGCUAAUGGGUCCCGAAGCGGCCAUACUCCUAGCUUUCAUAACCGGAUGCAUCGUUCUUCUCUUUGGGCUUCUCAAUUUCGGGUUCUUGAUUGACUUUAUCGCGGCUCCAGUCGUGGCUGGGUUCACCAGUGCCGCCGCUUUUACCAUAGCCACAACUCAGAUCGAAGCUCUUCUCGGGUUGAAAUUUGACGACGAAGGUUUCCUCAAUACGUGGAUCGCGGUGUUUGAACACAUUGGUGAGACCAAGAAAUGGGACGCCGUUUUGGGUUUCUCUUCAAUCGCCAUUUUACUUCUCCUCCGGAUUCUCGAUCAAGUCAAAUUGGGUAAAGAAGGAGAGAGGAAUCGAUGGCAAAAUUGGUUCAACACGGGAUGCUGGCUGAUUUCGGUUUCCCGCAACGCCAUCGUCAUCGUCGUUGCGUCGAUUAUUGCUUACGCUCUUACAGAGCCGGGACGAAGUGAUUAUCCUUUUACGCUCACUGGUGACAUUCCUAGCGGAUUUCCUCCUUUCAAACUUCCCGCGUUCUCCUUCCAGAAUGGCGAUGAGACAUACUCGUUCGUGGAGGUAUGCAGAAAUCUAGGCUCAUUUCUUUACAUCAGUCCUUUGGUUGCCGUUCUCGAAUCAAUCGCCAUCGCCAAAUCUUUAGCCAAAGGGAAAAGAAUUGAUGCCAGCCAAGAGAUGAUCGUCAUAGGGACGAGCAACAUUUUGGGCUCUUUUGCGUCAUCUUAUCCGAUCACUGGCUCAUUCUCUCGCACAGCUGUCAACGCCGCCAGUGGCGUACGGACACCUUUAAAUGGAAUUUAUACCGCCGUUUUGGUGCUUUUGGCCAUUUCGGUCUUGACGCCGUACUUCUUCUUCAUUCCAAAAAGCUGCUUGGCGGCUGUCAUCAUCUGCGCCGUGAUUUUCAUGGUGGAAAUCAGCUUAAUGAAAAUGGUCUGGAAGUCAAAGAAAAUCGAUUUGGUUCCGUUUGGAGUCACAUUCGUCUUUUGCGUGUUCGUCGGACUUUCCCAAGGCAUUCUGAUUGGCACGGCUGUCAAUCUGGGCAUGCUCUUGUACAGCACGGCUCGACCACGGAUUAGAAUUCACAAAAUCAAGAAUACAACGACCGAAUAUCUGCUCAUAGCCCCGGAUCGCAGUUUGGUGUUUACGGCUAUGGAAUAUUUCAUGUCAAGUGUUCGCAAGGCCUCGGCGCUUUAUCCUGGGAUUAUAGUCGUCAUCGACAUGAGCCACGUCUCGGCGGCGGAUUUCACUACCGCUUAUGGAUUCGACAACAUGAUCAAGAGCCUGCAGAAACACGGCCACAAACUCGUCUUGACUAAGACCAAACCAGAAAUUUUGCCCAUUUUGUCUGGCAUAGGCUGCGACCUGCACGUCCACAGCGACGGAAUGGAUCUAGACGUAUUGCUUAAAGAGAUUACCUUGACAACUUCAAUAACGCCUAGAGCGUCAUCAUCUUCAUCGUCUUCCAGUAUUAGCAGCAAUUCGGAGGAUUGUGUUGAAGUUGAAGUAACGUCGCCGACCUCCUCGGAUUGAUGUCGACAUCAAACGUGUAUGUGAUGAUAACCAUCCCUGAAUUUUGUGCAUGGAUUCGAAAUCAAGUACUACAUUUUUCUUAAUGCUAAAUCCUAUAAACUGAGAUUGCGUUAUUUAAAUAACAUCACCAUCUCCUUUGUUGGACGUCGUUUCAAUAUUUGUACAUAUAGUUUCAAGUAUACCCACAGGCCACAACCUCUUCUUACCAAAAACUUAUGCAAGAAAACAUUUCUAUAGAGAAAAAUCAGAAAAAAUCCAAUCAUAUAGUUUUAUUGUAACUUUCUUUAUUGCGUUCAUUUAUUAAUGUAAAUAUGUAUCACUUGGCACGAGAUUAAUCUAUGGGACUGGCGGGUAUUUAGCUAUUGCUCAAUAAGAGCUCUUAUAAUUUAUAAUGUGAGCAUGCACAAUCGAUUCCCACAGACCUUGACAACUUCCGCCUUUCUGGCCCAUUAUUCCUUUUGCCAAUAUGUUUUUUUGUUGGUUUAACAAGAGCCCAAUAAGCUCUGCGGGCUGUAUCGUGCAGGUUCCAUCAAGCAUAAAUUUAUUCUUGGAAUGACGAAAACGGCAAAAUGAAUUGCAUAUAAAUUUCGAGUGGAUAUUUUAUUGAAGAAAUAAACUCGGAUACAACUA